CACAUGACUCCAGCAUGGAUCUUCAGCAGGGACCUGAGCGCUCGCCCUGAUGGGGAAACGAGAAUCCCGGAGUGCGUGUUUGUGAUAAACGGAGCGCGAGCAUGCCGACGCUGCUGCAGAAGCUCUUCGGCAAGAGAGCGGUCGGUAACGGCAGCGCCCGGGACUGCUGUACGGCGGCGGAGCAGUGUUGGGCAUCUGCUGAGUUUGAUCUAGCUCAGAUCAGGUUGAUAGUGUAUCAAGACUGUGAGAGAAGAGGGCGCCAGGUUCUCUUUGACUCCAAAGCAAUACAUAAACUGGACACAUCCGAGCCGACUGCUGAUGAAACCAAAACUCCCCCCAACCGGAGUGGUGCUUGCCAUAUUGGCAGCCAAGCAGGCGAGAAAGACAAGCCUCCUUCAUAUCAGUAUACCAGACCGGCUUCAGACGUGAACAUGAUUGGAGAAAUGAUGUUUGGCUCAGUUUCCAUGAGUUAUAAGGGUUCAACGCUUAAAAUUCACCACAUUCGGUCUCCACCGCAGCUGAUGGUCAGUAAGGUUUUUUCUACCCGGUUUGGAAGCAGCACCUCUGGAAGUACAAAUACGCUACAAGACAGUUUUGAGUCGAUGAGCCAAACUUUUCCUAGUCACACCAGCAGCAUAGGAGUUUGCCGCGUGCGUAGCGCUCCUCUGCUCUGCCUGGCUCGGAGCGCAUCUUUCUUUGCAGCCCACAGUAAUCCAGUGGACAUGCCAAGCAGAGGACACAGUGAGGAUGGAGACAGUGGCAUUGCUCGCUCAGCAUCUCUGAGCAGUUUGUUGGCCACUCCCCUACCGUCACCUGGCUCCUCCUUCAGUAGUGGUUUGUCCAGCAGUUACCAACGGCGAUGGCUCCGUAGCCAGGUCACCAGUCUUCAGCAUGGCCCCAUGCCUCGCUGGAACACUGAAGAAAUGUUCAACUUGUCUGACGAGAGCUGCAGCUCCAACCCUGCGAUGAUCCAGAGGAAGAAGAUUGCCAUCAGCAUCAUCAUCAGCCUGCCGGAGAGAGAAGAGGAAAACCACAAUUUUCAGGAGUUUUUCUUCUCACACUUUCCUCUGUUUGAGUCUCACAUGAACAAACUCAAGACUGCCAUCGAGAGGGCAAUGAUUGUGUGCAGAAGGAUAGCAGAGUCCAGUCAGCGAGUGCAGGUCUAUCUGUGUCGAGUGAUGGAAGCACUGGGAGAAUUCAGGAUGACGGUGUGGAACCUGUACAUGGCUCCCCGCAUCAGCGAGCCAGUCUGGCUUUCCAUGAUAUCCCAAAGUACCGAGCGAAACCUACUGUGUCAGCGCUUCCUGAAGGAGAUGAGUUUGCUGAUGGAACACGGAGCCAAGAGCCAGUUUCUCGCAGCUCUCCUUACUGCUGUUCUUACGCAUCACUUAGCCUGGGUUUCCACGGUGAUGCCCAGCAGCCUGCCGCCAAUCAAAUCUGCCUGCCAGAAACCUGCCUCCCAGACGGUGGAUCUGUUGGCAAAAUCUCACCCGUACAACCCACUGUGGGCUCAGUUAGGUGAUCUGUAUGGUGCUUUGGGCUCUCCUGUGAGAGUGUGUCGAACGGUGGUUGUGGGACGUAGGAGGGAACUGGUACAGCGAGUCUUGUAUGUUCUGUCCUACUUCAUUCGCUGCUCAGACCUGCAGGAACAUGUGCAACCACAAGGACAGAUGGACAAUCCAGCCAGUCCCUGCACCUCUCAAACCACUGAUCCCACCCCUGAAAAAACAUGUCCCCCUAAACCAGACCCAUUAAAGCCUACUGCUUGUGUUAUUGGAACGAGUGAAAAAGCACUGAACUCUGACUUGGGUAAUGCUAUUCCGGGCACCUCAGUAGAACAAAACCAUGAGAUACUUUUGACUGAUACAAACUCAACCAGUCCAUCCCCCAGCUUGGAAUCGACCGCUGUCAGGCCUGAAUUUACAGAAAUGGGACAGGAAUGUUUUGGAGAAGACGGUGACUCUGUUGGGGGCGGAUUAGAGCACAUUUUGGCCAAUCAGAGUCCUCUUUUGCAUCGGGUGCAGUUUCACAUUGGCAGUCCCAGUGAGACCGCGAAUGACGGACAAGCCGGGGGUCUGACUGGGGCAGGGUGUGGACGGGGAUUGGACAGGAAGUUGCAUCAAAGGCUUUUGAGUGACAUACGGAGGAAGGAGAGCUCAGAUAGUGCUCUAGGUGACAGUGAUGAUGAGGAAACAUCGCCGCGAGAACUGUACGGGGCUACAGAACAAAAGGAGUAUGAGUUACCACUACCAAGUUGUCAGGUAGAGAGUCGAGCCAGUGUUAAUCAUUUCGGGCAUUCUUUGCUGGGUGGGUACUGUCCUCAGUACAUGCCUGACUUUGCCUUGCAUGGCAUCAGUUCUGAUCUCAGGCUCAAACAAUGCCUCAUGGCUGACCUUGAACACACUGUUCUCCAUCCGGCGCUGGAUGAACCAGUGGCCGAGGCUCUGUGCAUUGUGGCGGAUACAGAUCGAUUGAGUGUGCAGGUGGUGACGAGUCAAAGGCGCGUGUGCGAGGGCGGGCGGUUGGGCAGGGACGUGAUGGUGUCCAACCUCGUGCACACGCUCAUCACAUCAGUUCUGCAGCUGUUUGCGCUCAACAUCGCCUCCGACUUUUGUGUGAUGCAUCUGGAAGACCGGUUACAGGAGGUGUAUUUUAAAAGUCGAUCCUUAGCAGAAUAUCUGAGAGGACAAACCAGGGUCCAUGUAAAAGAACUGGGGCUGGCACUGGGGAUUGAGUCCAGUGACAUUCCGUUGCUUGCCGCAGUGGCCAGCACACACUCGUCCUACGUGGCCCAGAUCCUUCUUUAAAUAGACCAAGCAAGAUUUAUUUCACUUUAAGGACCAAUCAGAAUGUGUUCCUGUUCUGCAUGGACCAGCAAGGAUCUGAUCACUAUCAGAUGACCACACCAAUCAUGAUGCACUGUGCUCGACAACCAUUCGGAGCCUACACCCAGCCUUAAUAUGCCAAUCAGAAUGCCUCGUUUGUCCAGCUGACAGUCUUUUCUGUGUAUGUAUGUUCGUAUGUGUGUGUGCAUCUAACUGUCUAUAGGCUGAAUCAUGCACCACAUUGUUAAUGCUCUUCUUAUUUUAUCUCAUGUCUUUUCAAGUCUUAUAUGAAAGGCAAGUCUGGAGACCGUAAAUGAUA